UCGUGUAACGUGAGAGUUCAGCUAUUGCAGCUACAAGCCAUUUAAACGAUUUCUGUAGAGAGUUGCUGUUUCAGAUUGAUGCAAAUCUACCACUUUGCCUUUUAUUGUUAUGCAUAAGAAAGCUUGCGUAGGGGGAAAUGUGCUUGCCUUACAAGCUAGGAAAAAGCGAACGAAGGCAAAGAAAGUACCUAAAAAUAGACAAGAGGCCACUCAGCACACCAAUAGUCGAGAGACAGAGGGGGACCUACCAGAAGAAGAUGAAGAGGAGAUUUUAGGAUCCGAUGAUGAUGAACAGGAAGAUCCUAAUGAUUAUUGCAAAGGUGGGUAUCACCAUGUGAAGAUCGGAGAUCUGUUCUGUGGCAGAUAUCAUGUCAUCAGGAAGCUAGGAUGGGGUCAUUUCUCUACAGUGUGGUUAUCCUGGGACCUCCAGACAAAGCGUUUUGUGGCGAUGAAAGUUGUGAAAAGCGCAGAGCAUUAUACAGAGACUGCAUUGGAUGAAAUAAAACUGCUGAGAUCGGUACGUAACACUGAUCCUAAUGAUCCAAACCGUGAGAGAGUCGUACAACUUUUAGAUGAUUUUAAAAUAUCUGGAGCCAAUGGAACGCAUGUCUGUAUGGUGUUUGAGGUACUUGGACACCAUUUGCUAAAGUGGAUCAUCAAAUCAAAUUAUCAAGGGCUUCCAUUACCUUGUGUGAAGAACAUUAUCAGACAGGUUCUUCAAGGUUUAGAUUACCUUCACUCAAGGUGUCAGAUCAUCCACACAGACAUUAAACCAGAAAACAUUCUGCUUUCUGUCAGUGAGGUUUAUAUACGUCGGCUUGCUGCUGAAGCAACAGAAUGGCAACGGUCUGGCGCCCCUCCUCCAUCUGGUUCAGCAGUGAGCACCGCACCACCGCCCAAACAAUCCACCAAGAUGUCAAAGAAUAAAAAGAGAAAACUGAAAAAGAAACAGAAGCGUCAGGCAGAACUCCUAGAAAAACGUGUACAGGAAAUGGAGGAAAUGGACCGAGAAGGAGAAAAUCAAGAUGAAGACAGCACUGAACAAGCCCAAGAAACCUGGACAGAAUCAGACAUUCAUUUAUCCCCAGCAGGAUCAGAGCCAAACUGUAAUGGACUAACUUCUGAAACCCCAUUGGAUAAUAAUGAAAGUCUGUCUCAAAAUAACUACUCCUGCACAGUCACCAGUUCUUCCAGCCUUGAUAGCCCUAGUGAACAGCCCAGUGAAGUUCCUGCUCCUGUCUGCAUUGAUAUCGAUGGACAGCAUAUCCCUAAUGCAGUGGAAGUAAUGCUAUCCCAGACAUCUACUGUCCAACCACACAAACACAAUGAGAAUGAAGAGAUUAGUCAACUGCAGGAGAGUAUCAGGAAAGAGAUAUCCUCUGAAGAGCAAGAAGGAUCUUCUGCAAUGAAGAUGACUGCCAACACGCACCUGCUAAACCCUCUAGAACCUCAGAAUGCAGAGCACCUGAAAGUUAAGAUUGCAGAUCUUGGAAAUGCUUGUUGGGUGCAAAAGCACUUCACAGAGGAUAUACAAACUAGGCAGUAUCGAUCUCUGGAGGUUCUUAUUGGCUCAGGUUAUAGUACACCUGCAGAUAUAUGGAGCACUGCAUGUAUGGCUUUUGAGUUGGCAACUGGAGAUUACCUCUUCGAGCCUCAUUCAGGAGAGAAUUACUCACGAGAUGAAGACCACAUAGCGUUGAUCAUCGAGUUACUAGGACGAAUCCCACGGAAACUCAUUGUGGCUGGAAAAUAUUCAAAGGAAUUCUUCACAAAAAAAGGUGACUUGAAGCACAUUUCCAAGCUUAAGCCAUGGGGUCUUUUUGAAGUUCUGGUUGAGAAAUAUGAAUGGGCAGAAGAGGAUGCAGCUGGAUUUACAGACUUCUUGCUGCCUAUGUUGGAAUUGGCUCCAGAAAAGCGGGUGACCGCUUCUCAGUGCUUGAAUCAUGCCUGGCUGUUAUCUUCGUAAAGUCAGUGAAUGUGCUUUCUUAUCGUUUCAUUAUUCUGUGUUCUGACAAUUGGAAGACCAGAGCAUAGAUCCAAAGGAGAUAAUUGUUUUAUUGCCAAAGUAGCUUCAUCUCUGCCAAGCUAUAAAAGGAGGAAAAGCUUGUUCACAUUUCUGGUUUACCAUAUAAGUUAUUAUAUUUGGUUGUGGAGGCCUGAACAUAAGUUCCUGGAGUAAUAGUAAUUGCUACAAUCACCCAUAAUUUAGGUUGAGCAAGUAAACUAGUAUUUACUCAAAUAAUAUGUAAGGCAUCAUUGUGCUGUCAUUCAUUAAACAAGCCUACCUCUAAUUUUCAAAAACAAGGCCCAAAUAAAACAGGUAUGCUUCUGUAGCUUGUGGUACACAUUCCACUGGUGCAUUUGGAUUGUGACAAUAUUCCUUCUAGAUUUAAAAUGUAUUAACUUUUGUGUAUUUUCUUUGUUAAAAUGGGCUGCACUAACUCUAUUUUAUGGGUUAAUGUAUCCGUCCAGUCUGCAGAAUUGUUUCCAAGAAAUAAAAUAAUUUCACUGUG